GUCAGGUCGUCGUCGCUCACGCCCUCUGCCCUGUCGAGCCUGUCCCGUCCGCUGCAUCCAUCCUCGUGUGUGCCACUGCUGCCCGAGGCGACACGACGACGUAGGGGGAGCCGCCGCAUUGGAAACGGUGCCGCCAGAUCAGCCCGCCCAUCCCACCGCGACACAAGCACGCCCGCCAGCGAUCGUGACAGCUGAGACAGUCCUCACACCGGCCACCGCGACGCUGUGUGGCUCCAGCACAGCACCGCGCUCGCAGCAGCGCCCGACGCAGCAGCCGCCGCGGCGAGGGAUUGAUCGUUCUAGCUCCAUAUACCACGACCAGAGCGUGCCGCGCUGUGCUACAUGACACUCAACACCGCCGCCGCGCCUGCCGCCCUCGUCUGACACGUCUGUCUGCACGCACCACACACGUCUGCACAUAUUCUCCGAUGCCCCACCGCUCCUCGACACGCUCGACACCUCCGACUCUGGUAAUAUAAAUCGACGCGGGGACGAGUGGGCAUGCAUGAGAGCCGGGGCGAGUCUGAAAAGUGAAUAGCAGCAGCUGCCAGAGCUGGUGUGGCGCGCUCCGUCUUGCCCAGCGACUGGGAGGCCUGUCAUCACCCUUCGCUGCAUCGACGUAGGCUGGGUGCCCAUUGAAAGUUCACCGAGUACCUGGAUCACUCCCAAAGUCAAAGGCCCAUACCUCACUCGCCCCUCUCGCGCUUGUGUCUCUCGCCAGAAGUGACCCAGCUUCCGUCUUCAUUUUCGAGUCCUUCGUUCCUGUCCAUACCGAGCUACCCGUCCCUCCACGCUGCGCUGCGCUGCGCCCUCCCGAUCGAUCGAGUCCAGGCAGGAACAGCACCUCGUGCACAGCGGCGAACAUGCAGCAUCAACAGAUUCCCCCGCCGAUGCAGUACUCGUCUGCUCAACCGCAAUAUCCUUCCAACGGCGUACAUCCUUCCAUCAAUACUCGAGGUGGUGGCGAGUACGCCAACGGACAGCAACCCAACGGAGCGGACAUGCAUCCAUACCAGCAGUAUCCGCCUUAUGGCCAACCAGCUCCGCUGCCGCCUCAACAGCACCCGCAGCACCCACAGCAACACCCACAGCAGCAGCUUCGCGGGCCACCUCCCCCCAUGCCGGGACAAUACAUGCAAAAUCAGCUGCCACCUCUGGGAGCGCCGCAUAUGGGAGCUCCAAUGGCGCAUAUGCCUAUCGUAACAGAAGCUCCAAGCUCACAGCGACCUAGCUCUGCUAACCCAGUGCAGCCCCAAUAUGGUAUGCCAGCGCCCCCACCACCCAUGCAGCCGCCGCAGCAAUCGUCACUGCCGCCUCAACCGGCGCGUCCCAGCAAUUUGCUUCCCAACGGCGAUAAGAAGAUGUCUCACAGCAGCGAACGCGAAGGACUACGCUACAGUCUACAGGUGGUGCAACAGCCUCAAAGAGCGCGCAUGUGUGGAUUUGGAGACAAGGAUCGAAGGCCAAUAACACCACCGCCAUGUGUCAGACUCGUGAUCGUCGAUUCCACCACGGGCAAAGAAGUCGGCAUGGAUGACGGACUCCUUGGUGACCCUUCAUUUUACAUCCUCCAGGUCGAUCUCUGGGCAGAGACUGCGGAUCGCGAGGCGAACGUUGUCAGAGCUUCUAGUAACAGCCCUGCUGUGAGCAUUUCCAGCGCGACAACUACCUCAUAUCCCCCUCCAGCAGAAACUCCUCGACCAUACGAGACGACCCAGGUGAUGUACAUAGGCGAAGGAGGUCCUUUUUAUGCCUCGGUUCCUAUUCAUCCUUCCCAGGUGACGAGGCCGGCCUACGGUGGUGGAAUGUUCUAUGGCCAGAUGGGUCAGCCCAUAGGGUAUCCCGCACCCGCUCAGCAAUCGAGCGCGAUGUACACUCGCAAUCUCAUAGGCAGCUUGACUGUGAACGCAGCACGCCUGAGUGACAACGAGGGUAAGCAAGGGUUCUGGUUUGUGCUUCAAGAUUUGAGUGUGCGGACAGAGGGCUUCUUCAGGCUUCGUAUGAGCUUUAUUGACAUUAGCAACCGAGGAGCUCCUGGAGUCAAUCGCGGAAGUGCACCAGUAUUGGCAUGGACGUUUUCGGACAAGUUCCAAGUCUACUCAGCCAAGAAAUUUCCUGGUGUGAUCGAAUCAACGCCGCUGAGCAAGUGCUUUGCUGGCCAAGGAAUCAAAAUUCCGAUCAGGAAAGAUAACAAGAACGAGGCCAAUGACGAUGAUGAUGGAGAUUGAGCGUUGCCCGUGGUAAUCUUGGGGCGUAGACCACGAAAAAGGGUGCUUCCGGUCUGGUGUUCCGUGAGUGUUCAUGUCUGAUGCCACGGACGACACUGUAUGAGGGCUCUAAAGCCCAUCGAAUCGUGCACAUGAUAUAGACAUGUGCAGGCCGCGAAGAUACGCCGACGUUGAGCAAGGCCAGCGGAGAUCGGGCCUGGUGGGGGAUGAUGAACAAGAGAUGGAGGUUGACAGAAUCUUGGUUCCAGACCAAAAGUAUCGACGACAGUACAUUGAGCAAAAGGGUCAGUCACCACAGCUUGGAUGAUGGCAAUUUGUGGUAUGCAUGAGAGAAGCACUGUUGAGACAAUUUCUGGCAGAUGCGGAGACUAUGCACGUUGGCGACGUUAUGAUAGGGUUGAACGUACACAGAAGCUAUUGAAGCCCCAAAUCAAUC